CUUUGCCACUUGAAAUGAAAGUGAGAUAGAUAUUCAUUUUCCCAUGCUCCUUCCCAAAUUGACAAUGGCGUCUUGUUAUUCUUCUUCUACGUAUUUUCUUUGCAAUUUCAAUUGCAUUCCCUCUUUGAAAACCCCAACACCACUAAAAUCUCCAAAAACGCUAACCACAAACCCUCCUCCUCAUUCUCAUUCUCAUUCCUUUGUUCCUCUUCAACUUCGUUUUUCAAACAGAGCUUCUCCUCCCAACAAAAAUCCCACUACUUCUGAUGAUGAUUCUCUUCAAACUUCACCCCUUCAACCAUCUUCCCCUAAACCCCCUUCUCUGCUUCCUCAAUUCAGAGAUGGGUGGUUUAAAUUUGAUGAACUGGGAUUGGAGAUACUGUCCAUUGCAUUGCCGGCUGCUGUGGCCUUGGCAGCUGACCCAAUUGCCUCAUUGAUCGACACGGCGUUCGUUGGGCACAUAGGAGCUGUUGAAUUAGCUGCAGUUGGGGUUUCAGCUUCUGUGUUUAAUCUAGUGUCAAAAGUUUUCAAUGUUCCUUUACUGAAUAUUACUACAUCCUUUGUUGCGGAGGAGCAGGCACUGAUUGGAAAGGAGGAAGAUUCCGGUCAAACUGAUGAAAACGGCAAUUCCCAAAGCAAGAAGCUUCUUUCUUCGGUCUCAACUUCUUUAGCACUUGCUGCAGCUCUUGGCAUUGCUGAAACAAUAGCACUUUCACUUGGCUCUGGCAUUCUUAUGAAUAUCAUGGGUAUAGCCGCUGAUUCUCCAAUGCAUGGACCUGCCCAGCAUUUUCUUACAUUGAGGGCCUUUGGUGCUCUACCAAUUGUGAUUGCAUUAGCUGCACAAGGCACUUUUCGUGGAUUUAAGGAUACAAAGACGCCUCUAUUUGCUGUUGGUGCUGGAAACUUUCUUAAUGUCAUAUUAGAUCCAAUACUAAUAUUUCUUUGCGGUUUUGGAGUUGGUGGUGCUGCAAUUGCUACAGUGACCUCCGAAUAUUUAAUAGCUUCCAUUCUUCUAUGGAACUUGAGUGGCAAAAUGCUGCUAAUCCCUUUUGACUUUGAUGGGAGAAAAUUUUUCGGCUAUCUGAAAUCUGGUGGUCUUCUAAUUGGCAGGACUUUGGCUGUGUUUAUCACUAUGACACUCACAACAUCUUUGGCAGCUAAGCAGGGCCCUAUACCUAUGGCAGGCCAUCAAAUUUGCAUGCAAGUUUGGUUGUCUAUAUCUUUGCUCACUGAUGCUCUGGCACUUGCUGGUCAGGCUCUUCUUGCUGGUAGUUACUCGCUGGGAAAUUAUGAGCAAGCACGCCUUGUUAUAUAUAGAGUGAUACAGAUUGGUUUAGGAGCCGGAAUCACACUAUCCAUGAUCUUAUUUUUUGGGUUUGGAGCUUUUUCUAGUUUAUUCAGCACAGAUUCAGAGGUUCUGGAUGUUGCUCGGUCAGGUAUAUUGUUUGUUGCUGGAUCUCAACCAGUGAAUGCUUUGGCAUUUGUUUUUGAUGGGAUUUAUUAUGGAGUAUCAGACUUUGAAUAUGCUGCCUACUCGAUGGUGCUAGUUGGACUAAUUUCUUCAAUUUUCAUGCUGGUGGCUACUCCAAUACUUGGACUUCCUGGAGUCUGGACAGGAUUGUUUCUCUUCAUGACUUUGCGUGUUCUCGCUGGAGUUUGGAGGUUAAGCAGCAAAAGCAGCCCAUGGGAUAUGAUCUGGUAUAAAGAUGGAGCAGAAGAUUGAUUUGGAAGAGCUCCAAUAUGAGGAUACUAAAAUGUUCUGCACCCUAUCCUGCUUACCAAAUCCUUGCACUUUAAGAGAAUCCAAUAGCAGUACAGGGCUAUAAUAAAUUAAUAGAAUGUCACAGAAUUUCCUGCAAACCAAAUGCCAAAAUCUUUCUACUACAAGCAGAGAGUUUGAAUGGCUAAAAGAGCACAGGGAUGGAGAAACUUGUUGAAUGACCGGCAUGCACCAUAGAAGCUAAGUCUUUUAACUUUCUGGCAUUUUUUGGAAAUAUUCUUUUAUCAGGAGAUUGUGCAUUCCUAUGCAUAUUUCCGUUGCUGAAGGAAGCUUCAUGUUAGAGCCUGAUUUCUGGUAUUGGCAUGUGCUCUGUUAUUUGUGGUGUAUAUGUGAGGUUAUAGGAUCUUAAUUUCUUUUCUAGAAAUAUAUCAUUAUUGUUGAUGUAAUAUUCGAUGACCAAUUGGUUAAAGGGUCUAAGUUUCUUUGCUUUUGGUGAUAUACAAUUUAGUAAAUGUAAAUGUGUUGCCUUGGUUCUCGGAAGUGUCUGUAAAUAAAUAAAUAUCUAAAUAUGUUGAUUUCUUCACAAAUCAUCUGUAAAUAAAUAGCUAAAUAUGUUGAUUUCUUCGCAAA